CCUAAAGAAAACCCCAAAUCCUCACUGUACUGUAAGACACUGAACCAGUGUAGGUGCUCAACUCACCCUGCUUGCCUUCCAAAAUCCACAACAAUGGCGACCCAAAUAUUCUCUAGAACCAUCCCCAAAUCUCUAACCCUAGCUUCCCUCUUCUCUCGCUCUUUCUCAUUCUCUGCUCCCACGCCCUCCCCUCUCUCUGCACUCUCUUUCCUUCGCCGUCUUCGCCCUCUCGCCGCCCUCCGCCACCACGUCUUCCCCCUCCCUUCUCCUUCCCUCCGAACAUUCUCUACCCGAGGCACAUCGUCCGCGCCCAACGAACCCAGCCCCAAACGUAUCCCGAAAGAGAAUAUCAUGCUCGACGGGUGCGAUUUCGAGCACUGGCUCGUCAUCAUGAACAAGCCCGAAGGCGAACCCACCAGAGAAGAAAUCAUCGAUGGCUACAUCAAAACUCUCGCCAAGGUCGUCGGAAGUGAAGAAGAAGCAAGGAUGAAGAUAUAUUCAGUUUCAACUAAACACUACUAUGCAUUUGGGGCGCUUAUAACUGAAGAACUUUCGGAGAAAAUUAAGGACUUUGAAGAAGUUCAAUGGGUCCUUCCUGAUUCAUACUUGAAUGUUAAGGAAAAAGACUACGGAGGUGAGCCCUUCAUAAAUGGGCAAGCUGUUCCAUAUGAUCCCAAGUUUCAUGAAGAGUGGGUUAAAAACAAUGCAAAUGAAAAUAACAGACGCGAUAACAGGCCUCGCAAUGCUGACAGGUCAAGAAACUUCGAGAGGAGGAGGGAAAAUGUGGGUGGAUCCCCUCCUCGAAGGGGCUAUAGCAGCAUGCCAACAAACAAUUCCAUGGAUCGUAUGCCGCAGAAUAACUACGCUGGUAUGACACACAACAAGAUGGGAGGGUUUCAACCAAAUGCAGGAUGGCCAAGUAAUGCUCCCAGCAGAGACCACUAGCCUCGGUACACACCAAACCGGGAUAUCAGGUUUGCAACCUGAGAUAUACCUGGCGAGAUGCUGGUCUUGUGGCCAUGUAGAUAAUAAAGAAUUGUGUCCAAGACCACCUAGGAAUUAUGCCAAGUUUUUAGGAAAGUAGAAUUUUAAUUUUACUCCUCUCUCUAGUUUUCUACUGCUUCAUGAACCUGCAUGUUGUGUAACUGAAGCUCCCCACUUUUUAAGGUAAGGUAAGAUCAGUUUAUAUUUUUAACAAUUAUUUGUUUUAUGUCAAGAGAGUAAGUUUUGGAGCAGCGAUAAAGUUACUUUUCGAUCAUGGGAUCAAGUUUGGGAAACAAUCUA